AUGAACUCUACACCCGCUCCUCCUGCCGGUGCUGCCAACCAACCUGUCAGCCCUGCUACUUCAACUGUUGGCAAUACUGCCGGUACGCCCGCCAAUGCUACCGCGCCACCUGGUCGUACCCUUGCAAGCCUUGAGUUUGCUGUCACAACCCUCUUUCGAGAGCCCCUAGACAGCCCACUCAUGCGUGCUCUUCGUCGCGAUGGAUGCUUGCACUUCAUGCACCUCCUCUCCUACAACGAGAAUGAGCUCCUUGCAUUGAAGUAUGAUGCACCCGUCAUCGACCAAUACGGGGUGGAUACUGGCCAAACUCAGCUUACCCAGCUUGAGCGGCCCCAUUGUGGUACUCUUCGGGCCUUACUUGGGUAUGCUUAUCUUCGUCAAAACGUCCAUCGCAAUCCAAUCACCCCGAUCAAUUGCAUGCACAUCGACGUCCAAGCAUUCGUAAAUUAUCAAUGUAGUGGUGAUUUUAUAGUUUUUAAUAACUCUUCUUUACCGCAACCUCUUGUAUCGAAGCCUGAUCAUGGCAAACCUAUUGACUCGUCCCCUGAUCCUCUCCUUCCAACACAGAUGGAGACAAAGCCAGACAGCCAUCUAGCCACCGCACCCAAACAUGGGGAGCUACAAUGGCCAAUGAGCGACGAAUCAGACCGCCAAGCUACAGUAGACAUGACCAGUAAUCAGUAUAGUGACACUACUAGUCCUACAUCUAUCCUUUCUGCUGCUCUACAACCUAGCAUUUGCAUGUCUGACAGUGUCAAUAUACCCAAUGGUAGACGUGCCACACAACUUGUUGGCGCACAAAGCACCAUGAGUAGACCGACACUGAACAAGGGUUACAUUGCACAUGAUGUCAGAUUCGACCCCAACCUUGAAUGGGACCAAACUCUAUUGGAUCCCAACAUUGACAGGCUGGACAAACCGGGGAAAGGUGAGAGACCAUUUGAUAGAGUAGGCAUCCUAAAGAGUAGUAAAACUAUUUUAACUCUGAAUGAAGCCUCUGAAGAUGAGACUCUUGACCAACCAGAUGAUUUCACCACUGCUAUGGACCUGAAUGACAAUGGCAUUGAUAAUGCCACACUUGUCUCCAACAUUGACUGGGACCAAACUUUAUCGGACCCAAACAUUGGCGAUCUUGGCCGUAGUGUCUCUGCCAACAGCACUAGCCACGACUUGCUCCUUCAGUUGCCGGAAGCGAGCAUGGGGAGUGAUUCUGAUGCUCUUCUUCCUGAACAAGAUAGGACUGAGGAGUACUCAAUGGAUUUGGAGAAUGGGGAGCAACAGUGUGUCAUGUCUGAUAAGUUGGCUGUCGUACCGACUACCAAGCGUCCUCCGCCUACACCUCCACAAGAAGCCAAGCAACACGAGUUAACAUUCAAUGGAGAAAAAUAUAGAUCGGUUAAUAACCAUACUAUGACCUAUUCUAUCCAGAAAGUCAACACUUGUAAACACCUAGCUUUGAUUGAUAGAGGUGCCAAUGGCGGCAUUGCUGGAGAUGAUGUCCGCAUCAUCCACAAAUCCAAUCGUACUGUUGACGUACAAAGCAUUGACAACCACCAAGUAACUGAUAUCCCUAUCCUCACUUCGGCUGGAUUAAUCUACACCCAACGUGGACCUGCCAAUGCCAUCAUACACCAACAAGCCUACAUUGGAAAGGGUCAAUCCAUUCUGUCCAGUGGUCAAAUGGAACACUUCAAGAUUGUCGUGGACGACAAGUCUACCAAAGCUGGUGGUCAGCAACGCUUGACAACACCAGAUGGCUUCGUCUUACCACUUGACAUCAGGAAUGGCCUUCCAUACCUACAAAUGCGACCACCAAAAGAUGGUGAGCUGAGUAGUCCUGACAUUCCACAUGUCGUACUCACCUCUGACGCUGAUUGGCAUCCAAGUGUACUGGAUCAUUUGAUCAAGGAUAUGGAAGAAUGGGCAAAGUCCGUUCCCGACUACAAUUCUGAAGAUGAAGAACGUCCGUUUGAUCUUGUAGGAGUCCUUAAGAAUCAUAAAGCUCUUACUUCUUUCAAGGAACCUAAACUAGAUGGAACUAUUGAUUAUUUUGAGAAUUUCAAUUGUGUUCUUCCAACUGAUGGACUGUACGAGCAGUGCCAUCGAACAUCUGAAGACCUUACCUGGUUUGACUGUAACAUGGCUGAUCUAUUUGGCCUCGAUGCAGCACCAGAAGAUUCACCCAUCCCUGAGUGUUUCGAGGUCUAUGAGGCUUGUAAGCGUCCUUCAGUACUGUUUGACCCAGGACAACCAGUCAACUACAAUAUCGAGUCAGCUCCUUUGGAUGCCAAUUCUUUCAAGGACCUCAGACUCGAUUCAGACAAACCGAUUCUGAGGUGCAGCCCACGCCAUAAGGCUAGGAAGACACCUCAUGGGGAGCUGGGUUGUCCUCCAUCGCCAAGAGUACAUUUCGAUGAUACUCUGACUGCCCGCGAGAGUAACAGUCAAACCCUAGCUAAUAUAAAGAAGUCUACUCUAGAGGACGCUGUUGCUUUCUUUACUCACUUUGUACUGGAAGAUAACUUGCUUCAACAGUUUCCGGACACGAGCAUGGGGAGAGAUGAUGCUACUAGUGCUCUUUCUCCUGGACAUGGUGGAAACAAGUCAGAUAGAGAGUCCGACCAAACAAUAGAUGAGAUAGUCACUAACGAAUCUAUUUUAGUUUGUACUCUUGACAUCCUUGAAGACACUCUAGACUGUACUCUUGACUUCCUUGAGCCACUCGACUUUGAUCUGAUCAAUCGUGGAUUGAGCAUCGCUAACAUUCCAAAUGCCACGCUCAUUCCUAAGCAUUGUACUGAUCAUGACCAAAAUGGAUUGGACUCAACGGCUAUUGGAACUGGAGAAGCCAAGCCGGCCUUCAACCAAGUAGACAGUCAUAAUUGUAAUAGAGCCUUACCCUUUACUACUAUGAAUGGACAUUCUACUUUAGAUAGUGCAAUCGACUUCUUUCAAUCCUUUGCCUAUGCGAAUCCAAUAGAUGGACUCCAUGAUGUCCAUCGUCCACCAACUUCUGAACUAGCUAGACUUGAACGUAGCACGGAAGAUCCUAUCAACCUGGAUCGCACCAGUGCAACUCAAGUUGCACCGCCAGAGCUUGAGAUCUAUCAGUCUCACAAGCAACCCUCAACUCAAGAGGCGCGCUUUGAGCUGGUGUUGUAUCAAUCUCACCAGCAAUCCUCAGCCCAAGAGGCGCGCUUUGAUGAUGAUACUCGAAAGCCUGAUGGGAGAAAUGGUCCACCACCUUGCAACAGUUUUGAGCAUGGGUUACAACCAACUGAGGUUGAACUGAAGAACCCAAGCUCGGCUGUGAAGUCUCGUGAACGCGACUGGGAGCGCCUUCGCAGCUACUUUGCAUGGUUGCCCAAGCUAGUCAUCCAAAAGAACUUGGAACACUACUUGGAAGACUCAACUCAACUAGCUAUGAUAACUACUAUAGAUAUUACAGUAUUGGUGCCAUCCAACUUUGUAUCUUCAUCUAGUGCUAGUCACCAAACCAGGGCCCGGCAAAUCUGCAGCUUACUACUUGCUGGGAAGCAUAGAUGCAGCCCAUGCCAUGGCACUGAAUCGCCAAGCUACAAUGAUAGUAUCAUUGAGCGGUCUCCAGGCCUAUACCACCAAUGUGCUUGUAGCAGAGCUAACCGAAGUCUUCACUUUGAUGGCACAACUACAAUGAGCUCAAGUGACGAUACAAUCACAUAUGGACUCACUACAACUACAACCAAUGGUAUAGAUCUUUGUCACUGUACAUUGACAGUGAGAGACUUCCUCUAUUGGACAUACAUUGAUGACUGGAGAACUUUGUCAAUUGGACGGAAGCAAUUUGAACGAAGACUACUAGCUAAGAAUGAAAUGGUAAAAUAUAUCCACUUAGCAACUUGUCUAUCUACCAACGCUUUCUACAUGAAGCAAUUGACCACUUCAACUGAAGACCAAAUGGAUUCUGACCGUAUUGUUGCUCAGAUUCAUGGGGAGCAGACAACUGGUCUGCAACCACUGCUUGAAGGCAAUGAGCCACUCCUUGAUGACUUGCCUUGGCAUAUAACUAAACAGUACAAGACAACAUUGUACCAACUACACACAUGGCAUACCUUGUUGCCAUUACAUCAUAUGAACAAAGUUUUUCACCUACAAAGGUUUUCUUUGCCUCAUAUUGAUGGACCCAAGGCUACUGAGACUGUUGCCAACAGCUCACCAACACCUAAUACAAAAGCAGACAACCAACAUGUUGUACUGUUGUUACACCGUGUAAGAGAAGCUAUUGCAUCCAAUAUGCUCCCCUUUCUAUACACAGAAGAUGCUAAACACCAGGCCAAUAUCCUUACUAAACGAUAUCAACAAAGUGGCCGCAGCUACAUACACUACUUUUCUGAGUAG